GGAAGCGGCACGGAAUGCUGGCCCUGAGCAGAUUGUGCCUCACAACUUCGCCGCUUUCAACAACUACCUCGAGUGGUUCCAUGAGAACACGCGUAUCGAGUUAGUUAAGCACGCGUAUCCUGAGGAGAUCUUGGACGACCCCAUCCAGUUCGAUGAGGUUGGGCAAAGCCAGCACGACAGAUUUGCUCGCAGAGGGAGAUCGACUUCUAUUGCUUCCGAGCUGAACUUCAUGGUAUUCUAUUCUCUCACUAACUAGUACAUCAUCUACAUUGCCAUGUGAACGCUUCAAUUGUGUAUGCUAUAUUUGUCACAGCGGAAGGAGAUCGAAAAAACAGCUGAGGAGUGCGAGGUUAUGUGGGAGCAGAGCGGGAGAGAUGACAAGCCUGUCCGACCGUUGCGGUAUUUCAUUAAGAACACUGCACGAAAGAUGCGGCGGUUAGCCAGCUUGCUAGGUUGCCGGGAAGCCGAAAUCGCUACAUCUUCCUCUUCAGAAGAGCGGGAGAUUCCUGAGGACGAGCUAAUUCUGAGUCAAGCCAUACUUCCAAAGCGUACCUCCAAGCAAGCCGCACGGUCAGCUUACCAGUUGAAGCCAAGGGGCAAGGGUCCAAACCGGUACACUCCGGAAGAUUAUGUCAGCUGAGGAAAGAAGGUUGUCACUGAGGAGGAUGAGGGGCCGCGGCGGAGAUCAGAUAUGUCGAGGAUGAGGAACGACGAGCCGUUCUCUUCAGAGGAGGAGGAGGAGGAUGAGGAGGAGGAGGAGGAGGAGCAGGAGCAGGAGCAGCAGGAGCAGCAGCAGGAGCAGCAGCAGGAGCAGCCACGGCAGCGGACGAAGAGGAUGGCCGUCCGGAAGCAGCCCGCGAGGACGGCACGUCGAGGACGCUACUAGGAUGUGCCCACGUGUUGUUGUGAACUCUAUAUUCAUAAGUAUCGAUUUGUGAACCCUAUGUCAUGUCGAACCAUGGUCUGUAAUGCUACUUGUUGUUUGAAUCUACGUGCUCCAAUGUGACCUAUGAAGUGUUAUAUGUGUAUGUCAUGAAAUUGCUACUUGUUGUGUCCAAUGUUGUACUCGUAACUGUUGGAGUUUGGUAGGAUU